CGGCCGCCUAGACUCCACCAAGUGGCGGGGCUAAGCGGGGCCCAAGAUGGCGGCCAGUCGCUACCGUCGUUUCCUUAAACUCUGUGAGGAAUGGCCCGUGGACGAGACCAAACGGGGCCGGGACUUGGGCUCUUACCUGCGGCAGCGGGUAGCGCAGGCCUUUCGGGAGGGAGAGAACACCCAGAUUGCAGAACCAGAGGCCUGUGAUCAGAUGUACGAGAGCUUAGCACGACUCCAUUCAAACUACUACAAACACAAGUACCCCCGCCCCAGAGACACCAGCUUCAGCGGCCUGUCCGUGGAAGAGUACAAGCUGAUCCUAUCCACAGAUACCUUGGAAGAGUUUCAGGAGAUGAAUAAGAGCGUGUGGAGGAAGCUACAGGAGAAGUUUGCACCCGCCAGGCCGGAGGAGAAGCACAAAGCCUGGGCUCGGGUCUUAUCUCGCCCACGGACCUGACACGGCCUUCCCUAUUGCUCCUGUCAAUAAAACUGCCCAACUUCCUCCAA